AUCUACAUUAUUUGUAUUAUUAUUAUUAUUACCAUGGCACAAAAAUUUACUAUCCUUUUCACCAUUCUCCUUGUGGUUAUUGCUGCUCAAGAUGUGAUGGCACAAGAUGCAACUCUGACGAAACUUUUUCAGCAAUAUGAUCCAGUUUGUCACAAACCUUGCUCAACACAAGACGAUUGUUCUGGUGGUACGUUCUGUCAGGCCUGUUGGAGGUUCGCGGGGACAUGUGGGCCCUAUGUUGGGCGCGCCAUGGCCAUAGGCGUGUGAUUACAAUUUCGUUGUUCUUCUUUUUCGACUUUUUAAUCCCAAGUGAAUAAAGUCUAAUUCGAAAAAGAAGAAAAAAGUAUCUAUGUCUGAGUUAUAUGUUUUGUGGCUAAUAAGAAAUCGACUAUGCUUGUUGAUUUGAUAAAAAUUAUGUCAUUAGGGUGUGAUAUGUAAUCAUCAAAUUAAAUAAAAAUCAUCGCAUUGUGUGUGUUAUAUGUUUCUUUUCGUU